GGCUGCUCAGCUAGUUGGUGCUGAGCGCCGUCUUGAGCAGGUGCAGUUGUCAGACAUCUCUGAUCCUGUGACCUUGAGACUUUCCUUAACAGUGUUUUUGUUGGUGGGACGCUGUUAUCGCUGUCAUUGUGACUUAUACUUGUGAUACUUCCGUUUUAUUUGUUGAAUGCUUGUGUGUGUAGCAAGUCAGCAGAGUAUUGUUGAGACGGAGUGUGACAAAAAAUACAAUAAACGCCUGAGUGAACGUUCAGUUUAUCCAAAUUCCAGACGACAGGCUAUGGGCGUGUCCGAGGAGACCCCGUCGGAGCUCCCCGCGGAGUACCAGCGGCACCAGCGCGUGUGGCUAUGCGGCUUGAGAGCGCGAUCGGCGAAGGUCGUGCAAGUGACGCAAUCGCGAACGGCGAAUAACCACAGAGAGCUGUCCGUCGUCCGCGGAGAAUACCUCGAAGUGCUUGACGACAGCAAGAACUGGUGGAAAGUGGUGAACGUUCUCGGGCAGGUGGCGCACGUUCCUCAUACGAUAGUGAAGAUUUGCGCGCCCGAUCGAGAUGGCGACGAGGGGCAUCAGCAGCGUCCCGGUCCUCCUCCUCCUCCACCUGCUCCUUCGCUGUCUUCGGGCGAGGAAGGUCCUGUCAGCGGAGAAAACAGUCCCACUUCCAACUGCAGGAUGUCCAAAGAAGAUCCUAAUGGGGAUGGACAGAUCAACCCGGGUUUCCAGUGCGAUUAUGUUGGCAGGGACACGGUGCUGCCCAUGACGGAUAUCGUAGACACGCGUGUCGUCGUGGGCGCGGAGGACAGAUCUUCCCUGGAGGACGGCGUAGCGACAAACGGAAGGCCGGCGGGCGUGGAGGGAGGGCAUCAUCAUCAGCAGGAGGAGGAGGAGGAGGAGGAGGACUACGGGAUCCUGACAUUGAUGCCUUUCUAUCCCUGGCUCAAGAAGAGGGUCAGGUCGGCGACGGAGGGCGUGAACACCGGCCUGUGGAUAAAACGUCUGGUGUUGUCCAUUGUAGCGGCGCUGUAUUUCUGUUACUUCGUCGCUGUUCUGGCAAUACACACAACGACUGAGGAGGGUCGGUACUGGUGCGACGGCGACGGUCUCCUUAUCAUCAUCACCUUCCUGGUCCUCGUCGGCCUCUUCUACUUCCAGAUCCUCAAGCCCUACUUCGGUAGAACCAUCUAUAAGAACGUCCUCAAGCCAUUUGGAAUCCUCUUCGAAAAGGCUUGGCGCUUCAGAGUGUUGCGUCUCGGGGUGUACGUGGGCCUCCUCCUGAUCGUGAUCCUGUUCCUCCUCGUGGACGCCCGGCACGAGCCUCAUCGCCUCGUCUCGCUCUUCGGACUCUUUGUGCUCCUUCUCCUCGGCUUCAUCUUCUCCAAGGCGCCGCGCAAGGUGAGAUGGCGCCACGUGGCCUGGGGAAUGGGGCUGCAGUUCCUUCUGGGAAUCAUUAUCCUGCGGUGGCCGGUGGGGAAGGCCGUGUUCGAAUGCGCGGGCGACAAGGUGUCCGCCUUCCUCGCCUUCACGGACAAGGGCUCUGGCUUCGUUUUCGGCGACUUAGUGAAUAAGCAGUUCGUUUUCGCAUUUAAGGUAUUAUCCGUGAUCCUGUUCUUCAGCUUCUGCAUCCAGAUCCUGUACUACUGGGGCGUCAUGCAGUGGGUUGUCAUCAAGUUAGGCUGGCUCCUGCAAGUCAGCGUCGGCACCACCGCCUGCGAGAGUGUCAACGCCGCUGCCAACAUCUUCCUCGGGCAGACCGAAGCCCCCCUGUUGAUCAAGCCGUACCUGCCGCUUAUGACCGAGUCGGAGCUGCACGCUGUCAUGACGGGCGGCUUCGCUACCAUCGCCGGCUCCGUCCUGGCCGCCUACAUCUCCUUCGGCGUCGACCCCGCCCACCUCCUGUCCGCCUCCGUCAUGAGCGCCCCCGCCGCCCUCGCCUUCUCCAAGCUCUUCUAUCCUGAGACGAAGGUGUCGAGGACGGGCGUCAAGGACAUCAAAAUCGAAAAGGGAGAGGAGACCAACUGGCUGCACGCCGCUAUGAUCGGCGUGACGAACGCCAUCCCGCUCGUGGCCAACAUUGCCGCCAACCUCAUCGCCUUCUACGCCUUCAUCGCCUUCUGCAACGGCGUCUUCGACUGGACCUGCACGCUGGCUGGGGCACAGGAGGGCACGUGUUCACUGGAGUCCCUGUUCGGGUGGAUCUUCAUGCCCCUGGCAUGGGUGAUGGGCGUGGAUUGGGCUGAGUGCGAGAAAGUGGGCGAGCUGAUCGGCAUCAAGUCCAUCGCGAACGAGUUCUUAGCGUACCAGAGGCUCUCCGAAAUGAAGAAGAACGGCGAUCUGUCGAGACGCGCCGAGAUCAUCGCCACGUACGCCCUUUGUGGCUUCAGCAACCUCAGCUCCAUCGGCAUCAACCUGGGCGGCUUCAGCGCCAUGGCCCCCGACAGGAAGGCCGACCUGGCCAAGGUCGUCGUGAGGGCCAUGAUUGCCGGAAGCGCGGCCUGCUUCCUCACUGCCUGCGUGGCCGGCACUCUGCUGAGCGACGAUGCGUACGGCGGCGAUGCGGCGGCCAUCAACGGAACUCAAGCGGCGUUCACCUAAUUCGACCGUUGUUGGGUCUGCUUUAACGUGAAAAAGCUGGCGUUUUGUAGUAUGCAUCGUAGCUGUGUCUUCAGUGCUAGCAAUACUUGUACAGAGGAUGGUAUUUAUAUGAAUAUUGUUUGUGGUGCUAUAAAAAAUGCACAAAGGAUCUCUGCAGAAUCUUUGGAGAAUCUUUGCAGUAUUAAGUUAGGUAUAAACAAAAAACAAUAAAGCUCUUAGGACGUUUUGAACGCCAUUUUAUGACUGUGCCAAGUUGCCAACAGAGGGAUUUACAAGAUUGCUAGCUCAGUAUGAAAGAGAAAUGAGUAUGUGGUUUUUCAUUUAGGUUUUAAACAGUAUUGUCAUUAGGCACAUAGAACAUUUUUUAAUCUGAUUUUCACAUACAGCCUGUCAACAUGUGGAAUUUAGUCUAGAACUGCACAUUUUUUUUUUAUAUUUCGUCCUUGUUAAGUUUGGAAAAAGUUUAGGUUUGUACAUACGUAUAUAUCUUUUCAUAAGAAAGGCAUAUAUCAGUAUUUCCACAAGUGCAGAAAUGUUUGCGUUCAAUUUUGUAUAUUCAAGUUCAUAUACUCCAAUUCGUACAUUCCAUUAAUUUAUUAAAGCUUAUUCUUGUACAUCGAAUAUUUCUUUUGCAUAUAAUCAAGUAUAUGUUUUAGAUCAAUGGUUCCUAGCCAGUGAGUCGCGAGGCCUCGAUAAAAGAAAACAAAAUAUUGAAGGCCAGUUUAUUAGGCCUUAUUAAGAAUAUAAUAUUAAACCAUGUCUUCAAGGAAUGUAAUAUUAGGUGGAUAAGAACUGCUGGAUAUUUUUUCUCUUCGCCUAAAAAUAUGUAAUUAAAAGGUUGUGAACCAUUAUUAUUGAUAAUACGUCUUGUAAAUAUUUCGAGACUGUGAAUCUUCAUUUGGGAAUAAAUAUUGUAUUAUACGUGAUAUAAUGUGUACAGAUAUUACAAAUGUCUAUUCAAGAUAAUAUAUUUAUAUGUUUUAAUUUAUAAUGCCUUUAUUUUGGUCGUUCCAAUAGAGGUUGUUAUUUCAAGAAUGAAUUGGAUUAUGUGCAUGUUUUCUGAUUUUUUUUUGUAUUUCGACUUAAUUUUUUUUCUUAUUUUAUAAUCCUCAGUUCAUUUUUCAUACAUCCGUCCGUAUGUACAUCUGUGUAUGUAUGAUGUAUAGUGUACUAUAUAGUGUACUGUAAAAUCAUGUCCCAUAACACGGAAUACAAUAGGUACGCAGCGUCAACUACAGUUGUUGUUGUUGUUUUUUAGAAAUUUACAUAUCAUUACAAAUGUUCAAGUGUACAAUCAUUUGACGGUAAUACAUUUUACGAAUAUUUGUAGAUUGUACAUUCUAUUCAUAAUCAGUAUAGUGUGCACUGAAUGCUGAAAUUGGCCCAAGGAAAAUCGAAGCAAAUAAUAGACAAAAUGCACAUAGUUUUAAAUCUAGGAAAAUCCUAGGAACGGCCACGGAAAUAGAGACUUGAAUUUUGGUCGCCUUGGAAGUGUGUGUAUAUAACUUCGUUUAAGUUAGCGAAGUCCCCCGCUUAUAUUUUCUUCUGACUUUUAGCUGGUCGAUUUGUAACUCGUGUUAUCAGGUUAGACGUGUUGUAAAUAUUAUAUUUAUAUACUGAUUGUUUUGAGUAAAUAAAAUCUUUGUCCACUGAUAAA